AUGCUGGGCUUCUGGACACUUGUGCUCUUCCUGCUGGUAGCAGUCACAGGAAAACAAGUCUGCUAUGAGGACCUGGGGUGCUUUUCUGAUGCCGAGCCCUGGGCUGGGACUGCCAUCAGGCCACUGAACAUGCUGCCCUGGAGCCCCGAGCUGAUCGGCACCCGCUUCCUGCUCUACACCAACGAGAACCCCAGCUCCUUCCAGAUUCUCUCCCUCUCUGAUCCAUCAACGAUCGAGGCGUCAAAUUUUCAAACGGACAGGAAGACCCGGUUCAUCAUUCAUGGCUUCAUAGACAAGGCCGAGGAGAGCUGGGUGGGAGACAUGUGCAAGAACAUGUUCGAAGUGGAAGAGGUGAACUGCAUCUGUGUGGACUGGAAGAAGGGCUCCCAAACCAGCUACACGCAGGCCGCCAACAAUGUGCGGGUGGUGGGCGCACAGGUGGCCCAGCUGCUCAGCAUCCUGUCGACAAACUACAGCUACUCGCCUUCUGAAGUUCACCUCAUCGGCCACAGCCUGGGAGCCCACGUGGCUGGCGAGGCAGGCAGAAGGACUCCGGGCCUGGGCAGGAUCACUGGGUUGGACCCUGUGAAAGCAAGUUUCGAGGGCACUCCUGAAGAGGUUCGACUUGAUCCCUCCGAUGCUGACUUGGUUGAUGUAAUCCACACAGACGCAGCUCCCUCGUUCCCGUUCUUCGGUUUGGGAAUGAGCCAAAUGGUGGGUCACCUUGACUUCUUCCCCAACGGAGGAGAGAACAUGCCGGGCUGCAAGAAGAACGCGCUGUCGCAGAUCCUGGACCUGGACGGCAUCUGGGAAGGAACCCGGGACUUUGUGGCUUGCAAUCACCUACGAAGCUACAAGUAUUACUCAGAGAGCAUCCUCAACCCUGACGGGUUCGCCGCGUACCCCUGCACUUCCUACAAGGACUUUCAGUCUAACAAGUGCUUCCCCUGUCCAGAUCAAGGGUGUCCUCAGAUGGGCCACUACGCCGAUAAGUUCACCAACAAGACACGGGAGGAGCAGCAGGAAUUUUUCCUGAACACUGGAGAGGCCAGGAACUUUGCACGCUGGAGGUAUGGCGUUUCCAUAACACUGAGUGGAAGAAGAGCCACUGGUCAAAUCAAAGUUGCUUUGUUUGGAAGCAAAGGAAACACUCACCAGUAUGAUGUCUUCAGGGGGAUCAUCCAACCAGGCUCCACCCAUUCUACGGAGUUCGAUGCAGAUCUUGAUGUGGGAACGAUUGAGAAAGUCAAGUUUCUUUGGAAUAACCACAUGGUAAACCCAACCUUUCCCAAAGUGGGUGCAGCUAAGAUCACCGUGCAAAAGGGAGAAGAUAAGACCGUGUACGACUUCUGCAGCGAGGAGACCGUGAAAGAAGACGUUCUGCUAACCGUCUUGCCCUGUGUAGCUCCAGGCUCAGUCUGA